AUGGGUGCGGCGCCGGUCAAGCUCGCAAGAUCCUGGACCACGACCACCAUGAGAGGAGGUGGCGGCGCAUUUGGCUUUGCCGUUUUCUUCAACUUCAUGCUCGGAACCUACAACCUCAUGAGCGUUUCCAACCAUCACUUCCAACACCGUGCGACUUUCACCGUCGUUUUAAAGACGGCGAAUGCAUCCCCCACGCCGACUGUUGUGGAAUAG